GGAGCACGGGGGGUGGGUGGUGCAGCAGAAGGAAAACGUGGUGCUUGCUCUCCGCGGAUUCCCGCCUGGAGAGGAAAUGUCAGGAGAGUUGUAGGGCUCUUCUCUGCAGAGGCGUGUGCUGGAGAGGAGCUCGUGAGCGCUUCCUCUUAAAUGCAUCCCUGUGCGCUUAGGCCAGCGUGUGCUGUGUUUGAUGAAGGUGGGUGAUUGCGGGGAGGCUCGAUUGUUUUGCCUGCAGCGUGAGCUGCGGGGAUGUGUCUGCGCUUAGGGGGUGGGGGAGCGCCGUGUGAGAUGCCGCUAACGGCCGUAGUAGGGUGGACGUUGGUGUCUCCUGCAGAGCGGGCGUUGGCGAGGUUUAUAACAGAGUUAGUCUCCCUUACUGGCGGGUGGCAGGGACUCUCCCCUUCUAAGACUGGGAGCGGAGAGAGGACGCGUUGCGGUUGUGGUUGCAGGUGAAUGUUUUCUGUCGGCAGGCGGGAGUGCUGAAAAAUCCUCGGGGAAAGAGAGCGCUCUGAGGCGCGAGGAAGGGCCCCGAGUGAGUCUGCAGGGUUGGAAGUUGCCUUGUCACUUGCCUGAGCACGGAUGGUUGCCUCUGACGGCCGAGGCCAGACAUCCUUGCGGCCGCCUCUUGAACGACUUGGGGAGGUGAAGGCACUGAAAGAGAAGAUUGAAUCAGAAAGGGGGAAAGAUGCUUUUCCAGUAGCUGGUCAAAAACUAAUUUACGCAGGUAAAAUCCUUAAUGAUGAUACUGCUCUUAAAGAAUACAAAAUAGAUGAGAAGAACUUUGUGGUGGUUAUGGUAACAAAACCCAAAGCAGCAGCUGGAGCAACUCAGCAGUCCGAUGCUACUACCACUAUGACCUCGACUGCUGCAGCUCCCGCACCACUCACUGCACCAAGCCCUGCUGACCCUGUGCCAGCUGCUGUCCCUCCACCACCAGCACCAGAUGCAGUUGCUUAUGAAUCUGCACCCGUGAGUGCUCCUGAAGAAGAGAAGACAGCAGAAAAAACACCCGAGGCACCAGCUGCUGUCAGCGCAUCAUCAACUGACAGUACAACAGGUGAUACAUCUCGAUCAAAUCUUUUUGAGGAUGCUAUAAGUGCACUUGUGACAGGUCAGUCCUAUGAGAAUAUGGUGACUGAGAUCAUGUCAAUGGGCUAUGAACGAGAGCAAGUAAUUGCGGCGCUGAGGGCCAGCUUCAACAAUCCUGACAGAGCAGUGGAAUACCUUUUAAUGGGUAUACCUGAAGAUAAUCAGGCUGUGGGUGAACCCCCUCAAGCAGCAAGCACUGGUGCAUCUCAGCCUUCAGCAGUCGCAGCAGCAGUAGCAACUAUACCUAUGACUACUAGUUCAUUAGAAGGACAUCCACUUGAGUUUUUACGACAUCAGCCUCAAUUCCAGCAGAUGAGACAAAUUAUUCAGCAAAAUCCUUCUCUGUUACCAGCAUUGCUACAGCAGAUUGGACGGGAAAACCCUCAACUACUGCAGCAAAUAAGCCAACACCAGGAACAUUUUAUUCAUAUGUUGAAUGAGCCAGUUCUGGAGUCCCGCCAAGGUUUAAGUAGCAGUGAUGAUGGUACCAGCACUGGAGGACUAGCAGAAGCUACAAAUGGUCGUAUGAACUACAUUCAUGUAACACCUCAGGAAAAAGAAGCUAUAGAAAGGUUAAAGGCAUUAGGAUUUCCUGAAGGACUGGUGAUACAGGCAUAUUUUGCUUGUGAGAAGAAUGAAAACUUGGCUGCCAACUUUCUUCUACAACAGAACUUUGAUGAAGAUUGAGAGACAUUUUUGUAUUUCACACCUCACACCAGUGCAUUACACUAACUUUGUUCACUGGAUUGUCUGGGAUAUUUGGGCUUAUAUUCAUAAUGCUUGGUUUAUGGUAUAUGGGGAGGCAGGGAGAAGAGAAUACAGGAAAGAAAGCAGCAAUUAUAUCUGCUUUAAAUUAGCAGAUGCAGAAAAUCACACAGCGUAAAAUAAUAUACAACCAAAACACAGCUUCUGCAGAUAAUUAGUUCCUUCUGUAAACUGUAGGUUAACUUUUUUCUAGGUUUUCACUCUUACUGUACUAGUUCCAGAAAUGUAGUGUAAUGCCCUGCUUCAUGUUCCUUUCUAUUUAGUAUUGGUAUUGGAAGUAGCCUGUGCUACCUGGAUUCUACGAUCUGUAUUUCAUGGCAACACGGGGUAGCAGCUUUGUGAAAUCUAAAAGAUCUGAGCAAACAUAAACAUGAAUGCCAAAAUAUGGGUAGUUAUGUUGCUUUUCCAGGUAUGUUAAAGUAGUGCAAGAAGCACAGCAUUUUGUUCAAUGCUGCAUUCAAUGUUGGCUUUUUUUCCCAAAAUGAAAACCAUUUCAGCUAAAAUUGGUCAUUGAGAAACACCACGCCCUCCUUUGCCCCCCUCCAAUGAUCUAAGAAGCUAUAUACAUAGAGAUAAAAUUAUUACCCUCUUUACAUCUUCUCUUUUUGGGAAAAAUGAUAGAUAUCUCAUUACUGUUAACUUCAAUGUUAUGUUGCAGUACAAGUUUGGAAAGCAAUAGAUUGCAUGUUUGGUUUUGUUAUAUGCACUCCUGUGAAUUGAAUAUUCUUUUUCUGCAAGCAAACAAAAAAUGCAAGCUUCAUUUUUGUCUGCUGCAGUGAGACUUUAUCAAAGAAAAUAUCACCUUCUACCUUUGUUGAACCAGCUUUUACAAUACAGCUGUAAACAUCUAAAAAUACUGGUGUUCUGUUGCUCUUGAGUAGUUCUUAACAAUCAAGCUAUUUCUGUUCAGUAAGGACUUUUGGAGAUUUAUUCACUUUAUGAGGAAGAGAAGUUCAUAACUUGAGAUAUCCUUUAACGUACAUUGACUUUUAGAGGCAAUUUUGCCCAUCAUUGCAAUGCUAACAGUGAAUACAAAUUCUAAUUUAAUCUAAAGCUAUUAUGAUUUCCUGAACACAGCUUGGGGAUGUUUUGAGUUUUUGCUGUUACCUGGAUUACAAAUUUAUCUCUACAGUAACCAAGAAAAUAGUAUUAGUGGUAUAACACUGACGUGUUUUACCACUAACGAUAUUAACAAUUUAGUGGUACAAAUAAAAAAUUAUUUUGUGUUUAGGUUGUGUAUCAGUGGAUUAACUACUACUUAAGCUCAAAGUACAAGUCAAGUGUCUUCAGAAAAGAGAGUGAGAAAGACUUGAACUUCUGUAUUUUGUUUCUUCAUUGGUUGGCUGUAGUCUGUUAAAUAAUUACCUGCAAAUAGUGAAAUGUAUUAAAGCCUGUUAUUUUUUCUUUCUUUCCUUAGACAUCCAUGUUGUUUUUUCAGCUAGUUUGUACUUUAAUUAUUCAGAUUUUAUUCUUAUAAAAUUUCAUAGGUGUAUAAUGUCCAAGUGAUCAGUAGCACAACCCAAAUCUGUCAGUAGGAGGUGUGAUAUCGCUAAAUAGAAAAUAAGUCUUUCAUAGUGCUUUCAUUUUAGAAAAGUUGACAUUAAUAUCUGAGUCAGCCAGUAGACUUCACCUAAAUAGGAUUCUCAGUAUAUUUAUGGACUGGAAGAGAUGGAUUUUGAUUUAACACUCUGCAGGCAAAAAGGGGCUAUUUGUUAUCUGUAAAAGGACCAGCUGCCAGGUACUUGAAAAAUGCCAAAUUGAUACAGGGACUUCUUGAAUGUACUUUACUACAUAGCUAAUAACUAAGACAAAAGCUUUUAGUUUAUCGAUGUCUUCUGUACUGAUCAAACUGCUGUCAGAAAUAACCAUUCCUUCUCUAGGAGGAUGGAGAGUAAAGCAAGAAUGUCUGUGGGUGUUUCAGUCUACUCCCUCCAAUUUUGAUUCUAAAAUGUUUACUUAUAUAAAUGUAUUUGAAUUAAAGGCUUGGUCUUCUUAAA